UCCGGCCGGCCGGGGUACGAGGCAGCGGCGCCCACCCCGCACACGCGGCGCGGAGCUCUCCCACCCGGCGUGGGAGCCGCGCGGCCCAGGGCAGCUCCGUCCCGCGCAGCCACGUCCCUUGCACGCUUGGCGGCGCGAACCGCGCAGAACGCUAUUUGGAUUUGAACUGCAUUUCGGAAUUCUUCGUUACUUCCAAUGUCACCAUCAAAUGAAGGUCCAGUUAGACCCACCCCCCCAGAUGGAGGCUGGGGGUGGGCAGUGAUUGUUGGAGCAUUUGUAUCCAUCGGCUUCUCUUGUGCAUUUGGCAAAUCUAUUUCUGUCUUUUACAAAGAAAUUGAAGAAAUAUUUAAUGCCAGCACCAGCGAAGUGUCAUGGAUCUCUUCUAUUAUGUUUGCUGUCAUGUAUGCUGGCGGUCCGAUCAGCAGUAUCCUGGUGAAUAGGUAUGGCAGUCGCCCAGUCAUGAUUGUUGGUGGCUGCUUGUCAGGUUGUGGCUUGAUUGCGGCUUCAUUCUCUAGCACUGUACAGGAACUUUACUUGUAUGUUGGAUUCAUUGGAGGUCUUGGGCUUGCCUUCAACUUGAAUCCCGCUCUGACCAUGAUUGGCAAGUAUUUCUACAAGAGGCGACCGUUGGCAAAUGGACUGGCCAUGGCUGGCAGCCCUGUGUUCCUCUCCACCCUGGCCCCACUCAAUCAGGCUUUCUUUGGUAUCUUUGGCUGGAGAGGGAGCUUCCUAAUUCUCGGGGGCCUCCUCCUAAACUGCUGUGUGGCUGGAGCCCUGAUGCGACCAAUAGGGCCCCCAGCAACAAGUGUGGGGAAAGACAGGUCCAAAGAACCCCAUCAGGAACCUGGAAAAUCUGAUGUAGAAAAGGGGGCAGGUGAUGCAAAUACAGACUUUAAUGGUGGAAACCCCAAAGAGGAGAAACAAUCAGUUUUUCAAACAGUGAACAAAGUUAUGGACUUAUCCCUGUUUACCCACAGAGGCUUUUUACUGUACCUUUCUGGGAAUGUGAUCAUGGCUUUUGGGAUGGCUACUCCUUUAGUUUUUCUUAAUAGUUAUGCCAAGAGUCAACAUUACUCUAGUGAGAAGUCUGCCUUCCUUCUUUCCAUUCUGGCUGUUGUUGACAUGGUAGCUAGACCUUCUAUGGGACUUGUAGCCAACACCAAGUGGAUAAGACCUCGAGUUCAGUGUUUUUUUGCAGCUUCUAUUGUUGCAAAUGGAGUAUGUCAUUUGCUAGCACCUUUAUCCUCUAGCUACAUUGGGUUUUGUGUCUAUGUGGGCUUCCUCGGAUUUGCAUUUGGGUGGUUUAGUUCGGUGUUGUUUGAAACCCUGAUGGACCUCGUUGGACCCCAGAGGUUCUCCAGCGCCGUGGGAUUGGUGACCAUUGUGGAAUGCUGUCCUGUCCUCCUGGGGCCACCACUUUUAGGUCAUCUGAAUGACAUCUACGGAGACUAUAAAUACACCUACUGGGCAUGUGGUGUGAUCCUUAUUGUGGCAGGCGUCUAUCUCUUCAUUGGCAUGGGCAUCAAUUACCGACUUGCGGCGAAAGAGCAGAAAGCAGAGGAGCAGCAGAAAAAGGAAAGCAAAGAGGAGAAGCCAAAAGAAGUCAUUCAAGCAAAAGAAUCCGCAGAAUAGAGAAGUCCAUGA